ACCUUUUAAAUAAAAGCACUUCACCAGUCCAGACAAUAUAUCUGGUACACAAAAAGUGCUAAGUAACCAAUGUCACAGGACAUCUUGCCAAGUUUCAAAUUUCCUAUGGAAAAUUAACGAUGUUAUUUUUGUUGUAUGAAUCUAUCAACAUGAACUAGCAAGUUCGUUUCAACUUAUAUAUAACUAUUAAAACUAUAUGUGUAAAUAGUUUUUUUUAACCACUUUGUCAAAGUGCACUAGUUCUCCUUGUACUUUUCAAUAGCUACAAGUUGAUUGUGGACACAAUGCUGUUCUUAAAACUCGUAACUUUAGUCUUAUUGUAUAAGUGCAACAAAGUGUUGGCAGAUGACGACACGCCCGCAGAAAAUCAGUCUACUGUCAACUGGUACUGUCCAGAGGGCUGGACCGCUUUCAACGACGGCCACAACAUAACGUGCCUGUGGUUUAGUAACACAUCACUUUAUCAGGUCAAGGCACAGACUAUUUGCAAAAACUUUGGCAGCUCGUUGGUCAAACUUCACACGGAAGACAAAAUCAAAGCUUUUAAAGAUAACUUUUCAAAGCUAGAAAAUGAUAUUUACAUCGGCCUGCGAAAGGAGAGGGGUUAUGAUGCUUCAUACAUGUGGGAUGGAAUCAAUGGGCUUGAAAUCGCCAAUAUAUCCAUCUUGCCCACCUCAGUGAAGGAAUCUAUUCACUAUAAAUUAUCUUGUGUCUACAUCAACACUCAAGGUGAAUGGGAUAUUGAUGACUGCGAGACAGAGUACAACUUUGUGUGUGAGAAAUCAGUAGAAUGCAAACCUGGCUCAUUCGGUGACAAAUGUUUCAACCAGUGCCACUGUCUGGGAGAGCCUUGUAAUCCAAAGAGUUCAGAAAUCAGAUGUAAAUAUGGUUGUCAGACAGGAUGGAUGGGAAAUGCUUGUGAUUUGGAAAAACAGGACCCUGAUGUCAAAUAUUAUUGUGUCAACUCACAAGAAAAAGGGAAAUAUGUCAACAUUAGAAUUUAUACCAAAGGCGUGCAUUAUAGAUCUAUUUAUGGUCUAAAUGUCAAUAAGACUCGAAGUCCUUGGUGUUACGGUUCCAGCAUAUCGGAAGACAUCGAUUCCUCACUUCCAGUGACCAUUACCAUUCCCGUCAAAGAAGAACUCCAAGAGGUCUUAGAAUCUGGAUCAUGCGCAGGGGAGCAUCUCAGCAACGACACCUAUUUGUGGACAGUGGUCAUCAAGGAAAAUGAAGGUAUUCUCCUUGAACAUGACCUUCAAGUGACCAUCAAAUGUGACUUCUCCAAGUCCGAGUCUCUGAUCAGAAAUAGUGCGUACUCUGUAAUAGGACAACCAACAGAACUACAUAAACAGUUCCUAGAGCCUCAGUCAACAGAGGACGAUGUGUCCAUGCAAGUGGUCGACUCUUAUUCUGGUCAAGUUAUCUCUGAGGCUGCAGUGGGAAGUUCUGUCACCUUGACCAUUAAAUUUGGUCUCAAGGAAGGUUCACUGAUUAAAGGAAUAACUCCAUAUGACUGCUACGCCACAUCUCCUGAUAACAAGUUCAAAAAACAACUGAUUGACAGUCAAGGGUGCCCGAUGUCUGGCUCUCCAAUAUCUGCCUUCUCAGAACGAGAUGACAACAGCAUACAAACGCAGUGGUUUCCCUUGUUUGCCUUCGAGGGUGAGCAAAACGUUGUCUUCCAGUGCUCAUUUGAUCUCUGCUUCCUGAAAGGAUGUCAAGUUGGAUGUAGAGCGUUUCGCUUCCACAAGCGAAGUGCAGAAGACUACCCAGAGACACUUCAUGAACAUUUUACCAAGAGCACCAUUGCAGUCUUGGCAAACAAGAUACCAAUAUCAAUGCCAGAAAGCAAGUCAGCUGAUAACAACUCACUGAGCAAGUCUUCUCAGACCCCAAAGUCUAGCAACAUUCUCGCGUACUUCAAUCCUGUCACCUGUUCAAUCUUCUUGGUGCUUCUAGUGCUCAUCAUUGUCACCUACAUGUCAUUUAUGUAUGCACUGCGCAAGUCUGUCGGCAACAUCCGGAGAGAAAUUGAUUACGUAAUAUCACGUGACAAACUUCUCUGCUACGGAAAAAUACCAAAGGACAAAAACUGUGACUGUAAUUGUCCAUAUAAUUGUUAAAACGAAAUGUUAAUGAAUUUGUGUCGUAAUCUUUAUGUGUUAUUUAAUAUUUGUCUUUAUUGUUAUCAUAAUGUAGAUUUAUAUUUUUGUUAAUUUUCUGUUGUUGUCCUGUUUGUAGUUUUCUACCAGAUAUUUGAUUUGGUUCAUUAGGAACUUGUUAUUAAGUUAACUAUGGAGUUCAUGCCUUUAAGACCUGGUGAAAUUGAACACAAGAAGACUGAAGCUUUGGUGUUAUUUUAAAGUUUUACUUAAGUAUAGGUCUGCCUCUAGCAUAGAUGCACCAAUUUUUGGUCUGACUCUAGUAUAGAUAUGUAAAUUUUCAGUUAUACCCAGUAUAAUGUAUUUUAACAAAUUCUGUAACAAGAUUAUGUAUUAUGAAGUUUGAAUCUUAUUUUAUUUUUGAAUAUAAUAUAUAGUAGUUCAAUAAAAAAAAAUAAACAAUUUAAAACAUAAGGAAA